GGCAGCGUGUUUCAGUGACAACAGAGAUUGCUAGAAAUAUAGAGAUUUAUCUAGUUAAAAAAAAUACAAGGGUUCGACACUAUUUUGAUCGGGCUUUGCAAUUGCCUUGAAUUGGUCAGCGGGCAGCCCUGAACUCGGAGGGGAUGGGAUGAACACCGUGGCUCAGACAAGGACUGCUGGCUCUUGUUUGUUCCACAAGAUUCCGCUCACUGAGCAGUGGAUGGGCGAAGGAUGGAGGCGGUGAAUGGGACUCCAGAAAUUCGCCAGCAACAGCCGGCGGAGAAGAAGAAAGUGCAUCGAGCGCCGUCUCCAGCCAGACCCAAAGCGCUGAUCCGCGGCUGGUCGGUGGCGAAGUCCAAGUGUAGCCCCGGGGGCUCGAAGCAGGGGCUCGCCCAGUGCCGCCUGUCCCGGCACGGCCCCGGCCUCAAGGACAUCAAGCUGGGCAAGUCGCCGGCGAGCAAGUCGGCGGGGGUAGGGUCGGCCGGGGCGUCGGCAGGGUCCCGAGCCGGGAAGGGGGACCCGCGGAGCAAGAAGUCGGAGCGGGCAGGGGGCGCGGGCGGCACCGCGGGCAAGAGGAAGAACCCUCGGGCCGGCGAUGGGCCGCGAGCCCCGGGCAAGCGCUCGCCCGCCACCGACAGCAGCUCGGAGCUGUCCGAUUGCCCGUCCGAACCGCUGUCCGAGGACAACAAGCCGCCGUCCGCCGCCGACACCAGCGACAGCGAGUCGGCCAGGGGCGCCGGCGGCUCCGAGCCCCCGCUAUCCCGCCGAGGAGCUUGCUCGCCGACUCAGGACGAUCGGAGCUGGCCCGGAGAGGACGGCUCGUUGGCUUCGGCCAGCGGCCAGUCAGAUGGACCAUGCGGGACCAAAUCGCCGUCGCUGGACAGUCGGCUUCACGUCAGCAACUCGUUGGGCUUUUCGGAUUUCAGCGAAGAAUUUGUUGAUAGCAUCCAGGAGGAAUUCGUGAAGGAAAUCGACGAGUUGCGGUCUGAGAACGAUUACCUGAAGGAUGAAAUUGAAGAACUUCGAGCAGAGAUGUUGGAAAUGAGGGAUAUCUAUUUGGAAGAAGAUGUGUAUCAGCUGCAGGAACUGCGUCAGGAGCUAGACAGAGCGAAUAAGACGUGUCGGAUCCUUCAAUAUAGACUGCGAAAGACUGAGCGGAGAAGCCUCAGAGCAGCUCAAACGGGCCAAGUUGAUGGAGAACUAAUCCGAAGUUUAGAACAAGAUGUAAAGGUUUCAAAAGACGUUUCUGUAAGGCUUCACAAUGAGCUGGAAGCUAUUGAGAAGAAAAGAGUAAAGCUGGAAGGAGAAAAUGAAGAUCUUCGACAGAAACUAAUUGAAAUGGACAUUUCCAAGCAGGUGUUGCAGAGUGAAAUGGACAAAAUGAAAGAGAAUUCUUUGAAGAAGAGAAAUAGCCGUGUCACCACAAAACAAGAAAAGAAACCCUUGCCACAGGAGGAUAGUGCUGACCUGAAGUGCCAGCUCCAUUUUGCGAAGGAAGAAGCUGCCGUGAUGUGUAAAAAGCUGACCAAAUUAGUAAAGGAGAAUGAAAACAUGAGAGAGGAACUGGUGAAGUACAACUCUCUCUAUGGCGAUUUAGACAACUCAGUGUCUGUUGCUGAUAUUGGGGAGUCUCCUCAUGUGAGAGAAGCUGAACUAAAGCUCCAUCUAAAGUUGGUUGAGGAGGAAGCCAACAUUUUAAGCCGAAGGAUAGUUGAACUUGAGGUGGAAAAUCGUGGACUCAAAGCUGAAAUGGAUGAGAUGAAAGGUCACUGUGAGAAAGAACCCUUAGGCCAGGACAUUAGACUGGGAAUCACCAGCACAUGCUAUGGCGAGUUUGGGGAGAACGUUGGAGAACUUCGGCGUCAACUUCAGUUUGUUGAAGAGGAGGCAGAACUCCUGAGGCGAUCCUUGAUUGAGUUAGAAGACCAAAAUAAGCACCUCAUGAAUGAACUAAACCAUUACAAAAGUGAGUGUAAUCAAGAGUCAGUGUGGUCAGACAGUUGUCCAUCAUUGAACGAGCCUUCACAAGAAGAGCUCGUGUCAGCAAGACACCAGAUCACUGACCUCAAUGGGAAAGUCAAAAAACUGGAAUAUGAAAAUCGUGUGCUUGUUUCAAACCUUCAGCGUUACGACUUGGCAUCUUACCAGUGCCAAAAGUGCUGCAAAGAAUUUGAUACAGAGGUUAGUGACUCUUUAAAUAUCUCUUCAUCGCAGCCCAGAAGAGAAGUACCAGUAGGAGGAGAAAAUGAUUUGAAAGAAACUCAGGAGAGAACCUCUGGAAGUGGGAGCAGCAGAACUGCUGAUAAUGAUGACUUCACUGGUCGACUGGGAACAAAAGAUCUUGAAAUUCUGUUUGGCAUUAAAGAUCAAGCUGAACUUGUUAGCGAGGUAAUUGAUCUAUUAAUCUCAGACACAAGUGGAAUUGUUUCUGAUGCCAGGCUUAGUUCAGCCAUCGACACACCAACACAGUCCUUCCAGGAGAACAGCGAGGAAGCUACCAACGUCAGCGAUCCUAAUUUAAUGAGCAGCAUUAACUCAAGGCUUCUUGGCUUAAAGACCGAGUUGGCGUCUGUUACAGAGAAAAUUGAUAGGCUCAGUGAAAACAUCAGAGAAGAAAGUAGGAGUUUGUCCCCUUUACCCCAUCUGACGGAGUCAGCAAGUUUCUUGUCCACUUUGACUUCAAUGUCUCAGGACUUGCCCAUGGAUUCUGUAGGAAAAGAAUUUUCAGCUGAUCUAAAGCAACCUGAAUUUAGGGACCAAGUGGACUGGCAACAAGACGAGAGUCAAGCCUCGGGGAACUGUGGAACUAACACUAAGGAAUAUCGGGAAAGCAACAAGGAUUUUAACAUCUAUAGCCGUGAAGAAAGCGACUCUUAUGCUACAGAGGUCAAAGAACUCCAGCUUGAUCUAUCUGAAGCUAAGGAAACCAUCCGAGGACUGCAGGAGCAGCUUGCUCAGGAAAGGGAGCUUCGGAAUGAGGAUGCAGAAAGAUUUCAACAGAAAAUGUCACAGCUUAAGGAGGAGCAACAAAAGGCACUUGUGCGAAGAGAUUUUGAGCUGCAGAGCCUGAAUUUGCAGACCAAACUUGAGCAGAAAUUCUGGAGCCAAGAGAAAAACAUGUUUGUGAAAGAAGCUGAUCAGUUCAAGCAAAACCUCUUCCUGCUUUAUAUGAAGCUGAAAUGGUUCUUGAAACACUGGAAAUGUGGCAAGAAGAUGGAUAAUGAUGGGGAUGAUUUACUAGAGGUUAACAGUGUGAAGGAUUUAUAUUUGCUGAUUGAAGAAGAGGAGCUGACCCCUCGCCAAGUGGACAAUAAGACAGUGACAACAGAUGAUCAGUCUCAGAAAACCUUGGAGGGAGCUUUGACUCUUCCAGUGGAAAAAUCUGUCCUUGCAUCACAUCCAAAGCAGUCGAAUGAAUACAGCAGGGUUGUCGGAGACAUUAAAAUGAUUUUAAAGGACCUGUGCACAGAAUUGAAAGAGGAGAGAAGGAGAACCAAUGAGCUUCAGCUUCAGUUUGCAAAUGCCAAAUCAGCCUGGGAAAUAGAAAGGGUGGAACUCAAGAGUCGUGUUGCACAGCUGGAAGGUAGGGCUGGGAAACUGGCUUCUGAGAAGGCUCCUAGUGAUCUGAAGGCCACCCUGAAGUGGGAGAGGGAGGAACAUCAGCAGCUACUCGCAGAGUCGUACAGCGCAGUCAUGGAUCUAACGCAGCAGCUUCAAAUCAGUGAGAAGAACUGGAGUCAGGAAAAGUUGGAGCUUCUUGAUCGAUUUAACAAUGAACGGAGCCACAGUGAGCAGCGUCUGAAGGAAAUGCAACUCAAGAUCAAUCAGAUGUUGCAGCACAAAAACAGCAUAAAGGAAACUUCUGAUGCAUUGGAGGCAAAGGGAACUAAUUUACAACGAGCCAAGUCAGUUUCAUCAAUGUCUGAGUUUGAGAGCUUGCUCGAUUCAUCUCCAUAUUUACCACCCACACCAAAAAGCUUAAAGAAUCUGGAGGAGUUGAACAAAAAGAAUUGGAAACACACAACUGGUGAUGGCGAUUCCUUAUAUGAGAAAUCUGAGGUCAAGCUAAUAAAGCAAUCAAAAACAGAAAUGCCUGUAAUUUCAUCCUGGGACUUCACCACAGCCAGCAACCUGGUUAAUCCACAACUCAACAAAAAACAGAUGCAGAGGAGUUACACAGCACCAGACAGAACGGGCAUUCGGAUCUACUACAGUCCGCCGGUCGUACGCAGGAUGGAUGGCUCUUUGGUUCAAAACAAUGAAGGGAAAAUUAUGAUUGAGCCAGGUUUCCUGUUCACCAUGGCAAAACCAAAACAAACAGGCAGCUCAGACCUCGGCUCAGAAAAUGUGUGCAAAAAGUGGUUUAAUAACUUUUCCAAGCACCAGGAUCUCCUGAAAAAUGGCUGCGGAGAUCAACCAGUUUCGGUUCCUGCUGCUACAGCUUCUGGGCUUUCAUCUGCCUUGCGUGAUCUGCAGAUAUCAGAGAACAUGAGUGACGACAUGAAGGAGGUGGCCAACUGUGUCAGGAACGUUAUGUGCACAAAACCACUAGAGAGGAAGGUUAACGAUACUGCAUGCCAGACCAUUGGAGUUGUCAGUGUGGGUACUCAGACCACCCGGACUAUUAGCAUCGGGCUGCAAACGGAGAGCCCAAGAUCACUCUCUAGCAGUCUUCACCGAUCCUGGGCGUCGAGAGGCUCCUUGCUAAUGCCAACCCAGAGUUCCCGUAGCAAACAACUCUCUUCGUCUCUGGAAAAGGUGCCAGCUAAGUUUGAGCGUCCUUGCUGUUCACCAAAAUACGGCUCUCCCAAGCUGCAGCGAAGAAGCUCGUCAAAAAUAGAUCAUGCAAGAGAGAGAAGUCCAUGGGCCAUGUCUCACAGAGGGCAGAAUGAGUCUGCCUGGGCCAGGUCAACAACCACCAGGGAUAGUCCCGUGCUUAGUUCCAUCAACGAUGGUCUCUCCAGUUUGUUCAACGUUGUUGAGCACCCAUCUGGAAGUGUUGACUCAAUUUGGAAAUCAAGCCAGCAUGAAGCGAAAACAAAAGCGGAUACAUCGAGGUAUGGGAUUGUUCAGGAGUUUUUCAGGAAUGUGUGUGGCAGAUCCCAGAGUCCGGCAAAUGGAGCGGACAAACCGAUAAAAGUCCCAAUCUCUGAUGAAAGCAUCAGAAAGCCUGAUUUGACCACUCCGUCAGGCCAUGCACAAGUAGAAAAUGGGUCCCGUGGCAUUAACAAAAGGCUUCCCAAGCAACCAAGCAAAGAGGACCAAAAACCACCAACACCCACUCCAGCCCAGGGAGCUAAAGAUCCAGAUGCACGGGAUACUGGAGCUUCUGGUCUGUUUGAGGAAGCAUCGUGUGAUUGUGCAUCCCAGUCACUCACCUCCUGCUUUCCAUCCAGAUCAUCAGCACGACAUUCGUUAUCGCAGUGUAAAUCACGCUCUUUGCCUUCAGAUCCAAAUGCCUCGGAUGAAAAAUCAGGCUGAAGAGUGAGUUGUGCCACAUAGCCGGGCAGUGACAUGGAUCCGUGUUCCGAAGCUAUUGUUGCACCUUGCGCUUUAUCUGACAGCCUAGGUGAAAUUUGAGGAGAUGUGUAGAAGAUAUUCAGGUUGUACUGUCGAGUUCACUGUAGACUGCAAAAUUGAAACUAUAGAACAGAAGCAAACUAUUUGUUUUAAAUCUCAAAAAAAACCUUAAGAGAUCUGGGGUUGCACUGUUUAGAUGGUUGAAUAAUUUCUACAAUAGCACUGCCUAGUUAUUCAUACAAUAGCAAAUGUUAAAUCAUCCUUCACUUCUUUCGGCAAACAUUCUCCCAACAGCAUUGCUGUCAAACGACUCUACUCUGUGACCUACAGGUGUACGUGGAGCAAGAGGUGUUUAGAACCAAAAUCGCUUGUGCCACUGCACAGAUGUAUCCAACCAAGAAAUUAUUAAUUGCUGAUGAAAUGUGCUCCGGAUUCCCCAUUCUGAAAUUUGGAGUUUCCACCCACCAGUUGUAUUGGACAUGAGUGCAGUUUGCAUAAAGAUUAUUACAAAUGCCUGUGUAUGUCACCCCUGGCACUGUAGCUACUGAGUCAGAGAACUUAGAAGAUGAAUGGAAGGGAAAACUAAGCAGGAACGGUAUUGUGUGGCCUCCUGUUACACCUGCUAUUUAUUGGAGUCAGCGCGACCGGAUAUCAAGUGGCCUGUUUCAUCCCACUGGCUUUGGCCUAGUGCGCAGCAUUUUUCUACCGCACAGUGUUUUUGUAAGGUAAUGAAACAGAUUUUUAAACAUUCAUUAAAGACGGUGCAGUUCUGGUUCAAUAGAAAACUUGUCUGACUGAAAGAACUUGUAAAUUGCAGGCUUCAGUCAUAGAUAAGCUUUUCACACAUUUUCUGAACAAAGUAUUUCAUCUAGAGGUGAUAAAUUGAUUGUGUUUAAAAGAAUAAACACACCCACAUUUCUUCUGGAUUCAGAGCCUGGUAAACAAUUAGGAGUGUUAAUCCAGUGCUGCUUCUGCAGAUGUUACUAAUUUAAAUUGGCCUUGAUGAGCUCACAUGAGCCAGAAAUGGGUUGCAACUGGUAUUAGCAAAACAAGUAUGUAACAAGUAGGUAUUAGGUUCUAUAUACAUUCAAAUAAGGUGCCCCUAAUAUCCCUGUAGAUUAUUGCAUUACCCUAAAGAUCAUUGAGCCAGUUAAUGUUAAGGAAAACCUUGGCGGUCUAACAUUAACAUCAGAGAUUCUGCAGAUACUGUAAAUAGCAGCACACACAAAAGUGCUGGAGGAACUCACUAGGUCAGUUACAUCUGAGUUGCUGUGGUCUAAUAUUGGUUCUUACAGAAGCUACCACAGGCUGCCACCGGAAAGGUAAGUUUUCAAUGUAUUGAUUUCAUUGCAAAACCAUACCAAAAUAGUAUAGGCAAUUUCUAGCCACUGUUGAGUCGUCUUCACCUGGGAGUUGACAGAGAUCCAUAGCUCUUGCCCAUGUUCCACUCCUGGUCUUUGAUGGUUGCUUUCACAUGCAAUGUCCACCAUUCACAGAAAGCUCCAAUUUGUAGUCUAUUGCUGUUUUUCUGGUUUCUUGUAACUUCUUGGGAACCGCAGAGCUUCUGAGUAGCAUUGAUGUGAUGGAACAGCUAUUUUGGCCAUUGUCUCACCACAUCAAGGUUUCUGAGUGACUGAAGCCUCCAGUGACGUUUACCAGA